CCCAUCACUUCUCUUCGUGUCCUCCCCGCGAUUUUCCAACAGAGCCGCCCAAGUCGUGAGCCGUCAUACCAGGACCCGGUGACGACUACACGGUUCGACAAUUUGGACAGCAAUAUACCUUACGCAUAGUCUUGUCCUGUUUUCGAAGCCGCCCCCCGCUCCGGCUUGCUUUGUCUCGACCUGCGGCUGCCCACGCCACGUCCACCCUCCACUCUCUGGAAUUUCCGCUGCUCCUGGACCCAAAACCACAACAACCCACCACCGACUGCAACUCACGUUAGGGAUUCCCACCGUCUUCUUCCUUUCUCUCUUGUCGAGUCGCUUCCACCCUGCUCUCGCAGCUUCAUGUUGCAGCGCCCAACCCCACGCACAGUGAAUAUACCUGUUGCAUAGGCGCUCGGGUCCUUUCGUCGACUCCACGUAAUCCCAGCUACGAAAAACACGAGACGAGACCGCCGAACCACCUGGCUUUCCUUGUCACGCUUCCCUCAACACCACCGCUCAACCACACGCACACGUUUCAUUCCUGUUGGAACAGGAACUUCGCGCUACAUCGCAACCUCGUUCGCCAUUCCGCCGCCACGCUCUCGAGACACUCGCCUACCCUUUGAUGCUUGUCGUCGCAAGUCGCUAGGCACAUUGUAGGCAGUCGACGGCCUCGUGCCUCUUGUUGGAAAUAACAAAUACCUGGUGCCGACCUCUCCGAUUGUUACGGACUUUGUCAACAAGCGAACGCACCUUAGUCCUCACGCACUUCCCAUUCGAAAGCGGCCCUUGCCUAGGCAGCCGCCCAACGGUUUCAGGCCCAUUUCCGAUCGAAGCUGUCGGCUUUGGAAGACGUGCUGUAGUGGACUUGUGUAAACCCUGUGGAAAGCGGCCAUGGCCGCGAACAUGCAGCACAUGGCGGGAGCGGCGGGUAUGAUGCAGCAGCAGCAGCAGCAGCAGCAGCAGCCCCCGCGCCCCCGGCCCACCCAGGUUCAGUUGAACCAGUUUCUUUACCAGACCAUGCUCGCCCAGCAACAGCCACAUACAGGCUGGCAAGCCGGUGUCGCCAUCCAAGAGCGCAUGAUCAAAUGCCACAACCUGAUCACCAACAUUGGUCUCGCUGUGACUAACAUCGAUUUCAUGAAAGCGGCAGAAGUUGGCGUCAACUUCGAGCGCGAGGCGUUUAACAAAUCGCAAGACAAGGCUCAAUACGAGGCGCAAAUGAGCAACAAAACGAACGAGUUCUUCAGACGGCGACAGGCGAACGAGCAAAACCUUAGCAACAACCUCCAGGUACAGGCCGCCGCUCAGGCUCAGCAGCAGCUCAUGAUGAACCAGAAUGCCGCGAUGCAGAAUCAGAUGGGGCGGGGAAUGGGUCAGAACCAGCAGCAAGGGUUCCAGCACCUGCAGCACCAGAUGCAAGCGUCUCAAAUCUCCCAACAGGGUCAGAUGGGCGUCAAUAUGGGCAACCAGGGCGGUCAACCGAUCGGGCCUAACCAGCAAAUGUUCCAGAUGCCCGGUGGACAGGGUAGGCCUCAGAACGCAAUGCCCACCGACGCGUCAAGCCUCACGCCGCACGACCAGCAAAAAGUCUUGGAGCUCGCUCACAAGAUGGCUGCUGCCUGCCCCGAGCCUCAAAAGAACCAUUACCGUAGCAUUGUGCAGACUCGGUUUACUCAGAGGGCACAGGAAUACACGGCGCAGGGCAAGGAUCCGGUUCUCAUCUGGUUUCAACACCAGGCUUUCCAAGGUCUCUCGAAAAACGCGGCCUUGGCAAGACAGCGGCAACAGCAGGGGGGCAUGCCUCCCAACAUGAACCAGGCUCAAGCCCAGGCUCUCAUGCAAGCUGGCCGAGGACAGAUGAACCCCGCCAUGAUGAACGCCGCAGGCAUGCAGUCUGCCAAUGGCGACUUUGGUCAAUUUAACACGAUGGAAAACAUCAUGAACCAACAAAAGGCGGGCAUCCUAGCCCAGGAGCAGGGACAAAUGGUCGUUCCCGCCAGCAGCGGCCCGGCUCGUAACGCGACUCCACAGCCCAUCGCUGGCGCACAAGGUCAAGGGAUGGCCAAUCAGACCGGGUCAAACCAGACGCCUCGCCCUAACCAGGCUCAACAGCAACUCAGUAUGCAGCAGGCGCAACAGUUGAAGAUGGAGCAGCAGCAAUCGCAACAAGCGGCGCAGAUGCGCGCUCAGCAACAGGCCAGACAGCUGCAGGGCCAACCGAACGGUCUUGGCGGCGCCCCUACUUCCCAGAGCCCAGGAAUGAACACCCUGAACACUCCAAUGCGCCGACCCCCGAGUGCCAUGAACCCCAUGGAAGGCCAAGGCGGGGCACAGGCCAACGGCCCCUUUGCCGGCACCCUCGACCCUCGUUUUAACCAAGGGAACCAAAGACCAAUGUCUACUGGCGGCAAUAUGAACCUGAACAACAACCCCGUUUUCCACAGCAUGAUGGCGAGCAUGAACUCCGAGCAAAGGCAGGCGGUCCACGGACUGCCACCCGACAAGCUCCACGAGGUCAUGACCAAAUGGCAGGAGCAGCAGCGUAAGAUGCAGAUGAACGCCAUGGCGCAGGCCGGAAACACACCAGGCCAGAUGCAAGGCAGACCGGGACAGAUGGGCCAGUUCAACAUGCCUAACGGCAACCAGUUCAUGCCCAACGGCAUGAUGCCACAACAACCGCAGUCGGGAACCCCAAAUAACCAGCAGCAGGUUAUUGCGCAGCAACAGCAGAUGCUGGCUAGGUUGAGAAACCAGGGCACUCCCGUGGCACCUGCUCACCAGGUCAUGAUGGACAGCAUGGACCUCCCUCCGCCAGUUCUCCAGCAGGUUGGAAACCAACUCCGUGCCCCCGCCGAGGUUCGCAAGUGGAAGGACCUUCGGCAGUGGCUUGCGCAGAAUCCCGUCCAGCCCCAGCUACAACAGCACCUCGAGAGGAUCCAGAGGUCUCAGUUCGCGACAUAUAUGCAAAGGCAAAUGGAGAAGCGCAACCGGGAACAGCAGGCGGCGGCGGCGGCGGCGGGACAACAACAGCAGCAGCAGCAGCAGCAACAACAACAACAGCAGCAGCAGCAGCAGCAGCAACAACAGCAGCAGCAGCAGCAACAGCAGCAACAGCAGCAGUCUCAACCGCUGCAACAGCAACAGCAACAACUCGGGUCGCAGCAGCAGCAGCAGCAGCAGCAGCAGCAACCGCCGCAGUUGCAGCAGAAUGGUAUGCCGGCGGGCAUGGUGAUGCCGAACCAACCAGGCAUGCCCCCCAACAUACCGGUAAUUCCCGCUCACAUGAUUCAAGUCACGCCCAACGACAUCUUGAACGCUCGCAAAGCAAACCCCAAGAUUGCGAGCCUCACAGACGAUCAGUUGAGACAGUUCAUUAUUCAGAUCAAGCAACGGCAGAUGGGUGCCGCUAUGCAGAAGGAAAUUGCCAUGCGUCAAGCUCAAGCGCAGGUGAACAUGGGGCCUGGGGCACAAAACGUCCCGAUGCCCACGCCUCAGGCGCCACAUAUGCCCCAGCUGGCUCCUCCGCCGCCAUCAAACGUCGCCCCCACGCCUGUCCAACCCGUACAACCAGCCCCGCCGAAGCAGCAGAGUGCCACUCCUGACCCGAAGGCUGCUGCUCACGCCGCCCCACCGAAGAACAACCAACGCUCCGCCCCGAACAACAACCAAUCACAGCCUCCCAACCCAUCUCCGGCAUCCCAGCAGAAGAACCUCAAGCGUCCGAGCACCGACGAGCCCGUUGACGUGCCUCAGACGGCUACUCAGCAACCUCAGAGGCCUGCAGCUGCCCCCGGGCAGAUGCGUCCCCUUCCGAACCUCACACCUGAGCAGAUAGCGAGCAUGACGCCCGAGCAGAAGGCCAAGUACGAAGCCAUGAAGAGUCGCCAACAGGCCAUGCAGGCAGCGAGCUCAGGUCCAACCGAGAACGACUUUGACAAGCUCAGACGCAUCGGCCAGGAAGAGCAGAGGCUGAUGAUGACGGAACAUAUGCCCGACAUCCCCAUGUCACCGGAGCAGCGCCAAGAGACAUGCGCCAAACUGAUGAAGAUCGUAGUGGACAUGGGAAAGAUUGGAAAGGCGCUCGGCCGGUGGUACGCCGCAACUCGCGACGACGGGCGCGCCAAGAGCUACUUCCGAGCUCGACUUCGCAUGAUCAGACAAUUUACCGAUGGCGAGGUCAUGACUAACCCCAAGCCCGUCUUCAGCGUGAGGCCUGCCGAAAUCGAUGAGGUCCGUUGGCUGCUCGAGACCAUGGCGCGCGAUUGCGCCAAUCUCGGCAAGAAGGCCGCGAUUGCGCCUCAGCAAGGUCAACCCCCGGCGCCGAACCAAGCGGGAGCUGGUUCUGCCCAAGGCGGCCCGCCCCUUCCUCUGAGCAUGGCCAACAUGGCCAAUUUGGAAAAGCAGACGCAGAACCUCAACAACAAGAUGCAUAACCGGUCCAACAGUAAGAGCGGCCCCCCAGCUGCGCCGACGACAACUCAGCCCCCCUUUCCCUUCGGCGCGAGCUCCCCGCACGGCGAAUCCAUCCACUUUUCCAAGCCCAAGGUCACCAAGGACAACCUGCAGCUUCCGGCGCGGAAGAAGGCCAAGACUGGCACGCAGCCGACUCCGCCGCAGCAACCUAAUCAGGCAACGCCGUCGCCGCAGAUCAGCAAAUCCGGGUCGCCGGAGCUCAAGAGGCAGCCUAUGCCGGAACCCAAGGCACCGCCGAAGCCGAUGUUCCUGUGCCCGGAGGCAGAUUGCGAGAUGGCGACUACCGGGUUCCCCUCGGACCAGGCGCGUCAGGCGCACAUCCUAGAGGAGCACGUGAAGCCUCUCGAGGAUCCGAUGAAAUACAUGCGGGAGAGCCUUGCCCAAUCUCUGGGACUGGACACAAACGGGCAGGUCAAGGUGGAGCCGCAGAUGGCGCAGCCAAUGGGACAGAACGCUUCCAAACAAGGACAAACACCGGCAAGCAACGGCGGCGCAACGCCUAUGUCCAGGGAUGCUUCGAUGCAGCGCACGGGCAGCAAGAUGGGCGGCAAGACGCAGGACAACCAGGCGGCGGCGGGCAAGACGGAGAGCACGCCCAAGAUGGAGAAUAAGCAGCCGGAAAUGGCGGCGCCGGCGGCGCCGAUGGAGGUUUGGGCGACGACGAUCGAUCCGCAGAGCCUCUUUAACAACCUCGGCAAGUUCGAGUUCGGCGCCAACGGCGUCAUCAGCGACAUGAGUGUUUACCGGUCCUUGACACCAAACGACACACCCGAAUCGAGCAAGGACAGCGGGUCCUCGGAGCCCAAUAGCGAUAUUUCGGAAGGUGUGCACCUGGAUAUCGACGUCAACUGGCAGCCUGUCGACGUGGACCUGCUCCUCGACAUGAACAGCAUCAACAUGGAGGGGAUGGAAGGACUCCAAGAUGUGGGGACUGAGUUUGACGGCAUGAUGAUGCUCGAGGACGCGAUGCCGAUGGAGCAGUUUACCAACUGGGACGAAGUAACGAACGACUUCAACAAACCGUUCCAGUUCGACAACAGUAUGUACUCGCUGGAUGUUUCUUCGUCGGCGCAGGAGCAAAACAGCAUGUGAGAGGAGGGGGGAUAGAACAGGGCGCAGCAGGUGGUUGUGGGCGAUCGAUUCAUGGAUGGAUACCCCGGAGAUUUCCAUGAAUGAUGACCAGCCGAGACUCAUUGGGUGGUUGAGAAGGAUUGGCAUAAGGGUGGAAAAGCAAGGGUUUGGCGUUUCUUUGGGAGUCCCUCGACUUAAAGGGUUUGAAACCCAUGGGUUAGUGUCUAUGCGCGAGCGUUGUGUUUUCUCUUUUUUGAUUUUUUUUCUUUCCUUAUCUCUUUAUCUCACUUAUAUGGACGGACAAACAGCCGACGAGACUGUGAUGAGGAUGGACGGCGGGGGGGUCCGGCUCACCUUGUACUUGAAAUUUCUUUUCCCCUUGUUGGCAAUACCUUCUUCAAUCUCAGUCUCAUCUUUUGGUAUCGUGGUUGAAGAGACAGAGAAACAGAGAAACAGUCGCGCGUUGUUGUUCUGGAGGUAGAAAUCUUUUAGUUGGUCUCCCUGGCGUCGGCGGCAGCGUCGACGCGACUUUUGCAAGGGCGAGAGGAAUGAUACCCAAGU